AUGGCACAACGCAGUGGCUUGCAGCUAGCGACUAGGGGGCUAGCUGGAAAAGUUGCAGCCACGGCUACCGCGUGUAUCGUGGGGGUUUUUCACCGAGCGCCAGAAUGUCGAAAGGUUGACCGACUGAAUGACCUUUCCUCCACUACUCCACCGUCCAACGGUCCAGACGGUUUUGUCUGCCAGCGAACCCCUGCUUGGAGUUUGUCCAACGAGGGCCCAGAGGUGACAUUCAGCUCGUCUUUGCAUACUGGCCAAGUUGGAGGAGGACAGACUGAAUUGAAAACACUUGCAGGAAUGACAGUUGACGAAAAAGCAACGAACAACCAGGGAGAAAAAGCCAAAUCAUACUUCGGCCUACUUCGAAUUCAUACUUCACGGUUUUACGAGGUCGAGGAAACCAUUGUGGAUGGGAUGAGAUUCAUUCUCUCCUUUCUUCGACGUUGUGCUCUCGAUUUGCGCUUCGUACUUAUUACAAGCCACAUCGUGUUAUUUGCGUACCUAAUGCCGUUUCCACGCCGUAUUCAAACGCCCUUGAUGGCAUAUCUCUCCGUAGUCGGCGUCACAAAGCCAUUCAAUCAGCGGUCUCUCAACCACUCAUUCCGGCCCUCUCCAGCUGCUGUGAGCCCAGGGAAAUUUGGUCGGCGCACGGACAAGGACAGGCGAUCUGAAGCCGUGGGCCAUGGACCAUGGAUUAAGGAUGAUGGACUGUGA